CUCAAUCAACAAGCAAGCAAAGCAGAUCCUGAUAAUCACAUACAUUUAUAGAUAAGGAUACAAAAUGGAUAUUAUGCAAUUUUAUACCUGUUUAGGCCUUUGGCUAAGCAUCAUCACCAGCAAGCUACUGUUUUGCAGUGCCAAGCCCACAUAUUACGAUUUGGAUAGUUCUGAUAACAGUUAUGAGCGUGGCAGCAGUAGCAGCAGCUACGAUGGUAGCGGUGCCGGCUCCUAUGCCAUAACCUAUGGCAAGCCGUUGACUUCAAAUAAUUUGGAUAAAUUAGACACCGGAUACUAUUACGUGGAUAGUGGUUACAUAGCGCCUGUGCCCAGCAGAGGUGCCUCAUCAUCCUCUUCCUCCUCACAGCAGCGCAGCCUUAAUCCUUAUGAUAGUUAUGGAGUUGACCCUAUUUUGCGCUAUAGAAGAACUCGUACGAAGCGCAAGAAGCUCUUUGUGCCCAACUUCUUUGGCUAAAAGUUUUCUUACAUCGUGUUGAGAGUACAGACUGAUGAUGUUUGUAAAUUCUAAUUUUAAACUAUAGUAUUUAUAACUAGAUUUAUUUCAUAAGCAUUGUGAUUGCUGCAACUACAAGUACCUUAUUUUAAACUUAUCAUAUAUUAACCCUUGGAUUAGCGAUAAGGCCCCAUUAAUUAUACAAUUACUAUUAUGAUAAUCCAUAAAUUUUAUUGCUAUUUAAAAGUAAAUGAA